CUUCCCCAGGCUCCCAGAGAAGCUGCUGCUGCUGCUUUGUCCAGCCCUGCUACUGGGCACCCUCAUUGGCCCCCUGACUACCACUUGCCAUGCCUGAGAGGACUCAAGAAGACACUGUGGCAUCAAUGCACAGCCAGAGGAGCAGGGGGCCACUGGACCACAACCAUGUGCAGGAGGUGCAUCUGCACAGAGUGGAGUCCAUCAGUGACCUGCACAGUGGAGGAUCCCUUCGUCCCUAUUUGGCUGAAGAGGCACGGCAGUGGGAUGAGCUGCUAGGUGUCUUGCCACCAUCACUGUGUACCCAGGCUGGCUGCAGCCCAGUGUGUGACCGUGGGGGAUUCCUAUUACUGCUGGCACUGCUGGUGCUCACCUGCCUGGCGCUUGCAAUCUUGGCUGUCUACCUGAGUGUGUUGCAGAGUGAAUCCCUGCGGGUCCUAGCACAUACACUUCGAACACAGGAGGAGACUCUGCUCAAACUCCGCUUAGCCAGUCUCAGCCAGCUGAGGAGGCUGAACUCCAGUGAAGCCCGAACACCCAGCUGAGAUACCAUUUGAACUCAUGGUCUGGGGUUCUAUGUGGGGGAAUAAAGCAGCCAUGGGCAGGCCUCUCCUCUCCCAGUGCUGGUCUACACUACUUCCUUGGUGAAAUUUUUGUACAAGAGCCUGAUGUGACUCUACAGCUGCCUGCCUCCCUCUCCUGACCUCUUCAGGCCAGGUCUAGAUAAAGCUAAGCUUUCUGAUGCCAAGGACCUGCUUUGGGUGGCGCAAGGUCACGACAGGGCACCAGCCUCCUGGCUUCUCCUGUGGCCUGUCAGCACCCUCUGGCUACCCCUAGAUAGAAGGUUCAGAAGUCUAGAAAUAGCUGCCCCCAUUGCAGUGAUUGCCAGGCCUCCCAGUGGGGGUCCAACCUCAGUUCUCAAGGACAGGCUGGGUUCUGAGUUGAGGUAAGGGAGCCCCACUUGAGGAGAGACUGCCAUGGAGGGCAAAGGUGAGAUGGGGGAGACCCAGCUGGCCCAAAUUUGGGAUGGUGGAUGGGGAGGGAGAGCGGGCCAAAAUACCUAGGAGUCAAGGCCACAAGAAGCUGAGCAUUCUGUUUAAUUAUCUCUUAUAUAAUCUUUAAAAAUCUGCACAAAUCCAUUCCAGAUCGCUUUGCUUCCACACCUACUCUGAUGGCAUUUGUCCAGAUGCCAGUCCCCCAAAGAAAGUGUGUCACCCCAGGGGAACAAGGCCUAAAAAAAGGAAAGGGAGGGAAGGGAUAGCUUCCCUACUGACUACCCUGGGAGAGGCACACAUUUGGCCUCACCUGAGAAAGGGCAGGAAGAGGCCAUAGGGUUGAGUGCAGGGACAAAGGCCAGGGUCCCAAAAGUCCUGACCCUUCCUUCACCCAUCCACCCUAUAUG